AUGAUCCGGCACGAGUAUGGUGACCCAGACCUCAGCGAGGCGCAGUCAGGCAGGGCAGGAAGGCUGGCAGUCGGGCGACGACCGACCCGGGGAGCAGCGAGUGACGCCAGGCCCGGCCAGCGACAGCGCGCAGGGACCCACCGUCCGACGCACAAGGCAAUGCUCGCGCCCAAACUCGACUACCCGCGCACAAGCCAGCGGCCAGAGACGGCGCCACCCGCCGCCAGGUGGACAAAGAAAUAUCACUCGGAGGCCAAACGAUCGAGAAUCGAUCGGGAAUACCGCCGCCACGGCACAAUAGGUGCUAGCCGUCUGCUGAAGGAAGACACGUACCAGUUUACAGUUUGUUCAGAUGCUGACCCAGCAGUGAGGGAAGAGUCUGUCCAGGCACUAGCUAACUGGCUGCUCGUUCUGGUCGCCGCAGCCGCCUUCGCCGCCGCCGCCCCCGCCGCCCCCGCCGCCCACGCGCCGCGCGGGCAAAAGACCGCCAGCUGGGAGCAGCGGCUGCUCGAUCCCGAAGACGACCCGGACGCGCUGCCGCCCGCCUGCGACAGCCAGGUGUACUGCGAGGGGGAGCUGCUGCACACCGUGCAGAUGGCGCAGCUCUUCGACGACUCCAAGACGUUCGUCGACAUGAAGCAGCGGCAGGCGCCCGAGCAGACGCUGGCCAACUUCGAGGCGUUCAUGGCGGCGCAGGACGGCCAGCCGGGGCGCACGGCGCUCGCGCGCUUCGUCGCCGACAACUUCGAGGAGGGCGGCCAGCUGCUCAACUGGACACUGCCCGACUGGCACGCCAACCCCGCGCUGCUGAGCCGCAUCAAGGACGCGAGGCUGCGCGACUGGGCGGCCUACCUGAACGCGGAGUGGCCGCAGCUGGCGCGCCGCGUGCCCGACGACGUGCGCCUCCAGCCGGACCGCUACUCGCUCAUCUACGUGCCCAACGGCUUCGUGGUGCCGGGCGGCCGCUUCCAGGAGUACUACUACUGGGACACCUACUGGAUAGUGCAGGGCCUGCUGGCGACGGACAUGCCAGAGACGGUGCGUGGCGUGGUGGGCAACCUGGUGUACCUGGUGCAGCAGCUGGGCCACGUGCCCAACGGCGGCCGCGUCUACUACAAGGAGCGCGCGCAGCCGCCGCUGCUGGCGCCCAUGGUGGAGGCGCUGGUGAGCUACUGCGAGCACGCCGGCUGCGAGCAGCGCACCUUCCUCGCCGGCAGCAUCGCCGCACUCGACGCCGAGUUCCAGUUCUGGAUGCACAACCGCACCGUGUCCGUGGGUGGGCACCAGCUCGCGCGCUACUUCUCGCCGUCCAGGGGACCGCGGCCAGAGUCCUACAGUGAAGAUUACAUAAUUGCCCAUGGAUUAUCUAAUGACUCUAAAGUCCAACAACGUCUUUAUACUGACCUGAAAUCAGCUGCAGAAUCAGGGUGGGAUUUCUCUUCAAGAUGGUUCAUAACAAAUGGAACAAAUGAAGGAAAUCUCUCUAACACACAUACAAGAUAUAUUAUACCAGUUGAUUUGAAUGCGUUUUUAUGCAUGAAUGCCAGAAUUUUAUCUGAAUUUCAUACCUCACUGGGAAAUACGGAGGAAGCUGGUUAUUACACAGCAAAAAUGAAUGAAAUAUUAGAAGCAAUUGAUGCAGUAUUGUGGAAUGAUGAAGAAGGCAUCUGGCUUGACUAUGACAUGCUAAACAAAGUAAGCAGGAAUCAAUUCUAUCCCAGCAAUCUGGCACCUCUCUGGACAGGCUGCCACAAAAAGUCUAAAAAGGAAAUACGUGGUAUUGUAUCUUACCUAAAAGACAACAACAUUGAAAGUUAUCUUGGAGGGGCUCCAGCAUCCUUAAUUUUCACUGGUGAGCAGUGGGACUUCCCAAAUGUUUGGCCCCCACUUGAAAACAUUUUAAUCAUGGGUCUGCAGAAGACUGGUGUAAGAGAGGCCACUGAGUUUGCAUUUGAGCUGGCACAAAUAUGGAUACAUGCAACAUAUACUGGCUAUAUACGCUACAAUAAUAUGUUUGAAAAGUAUGAUGCUGAAAAACCUGGAGAAUUUGGAAAUGGAGGAGAAUAUGUAGUUCAACCUGGGUUUGGAUGGACAAAUGGAGGUAUCCUUGAGCUGUUAAAUGAAUAUGGACAGAAUCUCACUAUACCUGACCUGCCACAAUACCAAAGCAACAUAACUACAAGUAAUGAAGCCAGCACUUCCACUGUUCAUACUGCAGCCGCCGCCUCCACGGCUGCUGCUGGUGCCGCUGCCGCUACAUCGUCUGGCUCCCGUGCUCUGACCAUUUUAUCAUAUUCCAGAACUGUAUUAGCAUCGUGGAAAAUAAGAUUUGAAGCAGCACAACAUAUAAAUUUUAUUUUAAUUUUUGUUAUUUUUGUAUUUGCCAAUGACUUAAUAAAGUAAUAUUGUGUUCAUUUUAA